ACGCAGUAAAUCAUUCAGUUUCGAUUAGAACAUUCAGUCAAUAAUAAGCUUCAUUAAUUCCUUUGGAUCCAGCUCGAGUAAAAUGGCAAGAUUCAGUUUCAUCCUUAUGGCAACCCUCCUUGGAGUAGCCUUAGCAAUUCCUCAAAGGAAUCUUAACUACCCCACUACAAAGAAACCCGCUCCUGGCGGUCCAGCACCAACCACCCCUGCUCCAGCAUCAACAACACCACAGGCGGCACCUUAUCCAGCUGCAGGAUUCCGUCCAGGACGUGCUUUCAACCUUCCUACUGAAGAAAAGAAGGCUGCGGAACCUUCCCCUAGCUACGGGCCUCCAGCUGAUAAAUAUGGUCCACCAGAGGAACCGACCACGACUGUCCAGCCGGAAUUGGACGAAUCAACCACUGAUGCUUCAUCCGACAACAACACAGCUAAAAUUCCGAAAGGACUUCAACCUGGAUUCUACUUCAUCCAAUUGCCAGGUGGAGGAAUUCAAAAGGUUGCUCUUUUAACGAAUGCAGCCCUUGUUGAAUUACCGGUCGGCCCUGCUGCAUCUGCUGAGGAUACAAAGGAUACAACUACACCAGUUCCGGAAAGGGAUGUCGAAGGAGACGAUUCUUCUGCUGAAACAACGAGCACAGUUUCGCCGGCUGCUACCCCUGUUCAUGUUCAACCUAUUGCCAAGACUCAACGCACAGUUCAGGUAUGGCCACCAGUACCAGUGAUUGAAGUGAAACCAGCUGUUGUGCAAAGUGCCAGGAUUGUCCAACCGGCUCGUAGCGAACGAGUUGUUGCCAUUGAACCAGUCCUUUUUGUUCAACCAAAAUCAUACUCGUACACUUCGCAAUUCAGGACCUGGUAAGAUCUUGUGGAAUAGAAGAUAGUUAUACUCGCGGAAUGGUAUUUAUUUAGUAUCUAUGAUUAUGAAGUUUACUUUUGAAUGUUAUUAUUGUCAAAUACACAACACUAAGGAACAGAA